UGAUAUGAAAAAUGAAUGAAGUAGAGGAGAAGGAACCCAUUUCUGAAACAAAAUUAUCAAAGAUUAAUGACAGUGAUUGCGUUAAAGAUAGUUAUCCAGAACAAGAUAAAGAAAAAUCCAGAAAGAAAAAAAGAAAACAUUCAUUAACUAAGGAAGAAAAAAAAAAGAAAAAGAAAGAUAAAAAGAAUAAAAAAAAGAGGUUGAAAAUGAUUGCAGAAAGUUUUUCAUCUGGUUCUGUAAAUAUAGGAGAAAAAGCAAUUUUACCCAAUUCUUCAAAUAUUAUUGAAAAAUCUGCAAAUGUAGCUUCCAAAAGUAAAAGUAUGGCUCCAAUGACAAAAGAAGAGUUUGACAAACAACAGUCUGUUGUUAGACGAGUGUAUGAUGCAGCAACAGGAAGACAUAGGUUAAUAAAAGGCGAUGGUGAGGUAAUAGAAGAGAUUGUCAGUUAUUCACGUCACAAACAGAUCAAUAAGAUGUCAACUCAAAUGGAUGGAAAAUCAUUUGCUGCAUCCAUUGGAAUUUAAAUUUUCUAAAAAUAUUUAGAUAUUAGGAGAAGUCAUAUGUAUAUAUUCAUACAUAUUUGCACAUAAUAAUUAUUACAUAAAUAUUAUAUUAAUCAUGUUUAUUAUUUUUAUUGAUAUCUCAAUUUUAUUUUUCAUUGUACACAAUAAUAAACUAUUACUUUUUUAAGUAUUGUUUUUUUUAAGUACUUUUUUAUACUUUUUAAGUAUUAAGUAUUGAAUUAUAUAACUGGUACAUCUAA